GAAUUAGAGGAGAGACCAGGCGAAGGCGAAAGGGGGCGAAGAUCUUCAGUUUUAGAGGAGGAGAAAUCUGAAAAAAAUGGUGGCUGUACCCAUCCGUUCUUUCUUCCUACUCAUCACAGUGUUCCAGCUGUGUUUAUUACACCUGGCCCACGGAGGGGCAUAUUAUGGACAUAAACAGCCCCCUCAACAGCAUCAGCCCCCCCUACCACAGUACAAUGAUGGGUACCCUCAGCAACAGUUUUUGGGGAAUGAGAUGCCACACUUUCCUCAAAGAAAUCCUGGCAAAGACAUGUCAUUACUGCCACAGUAUGGAAAAGAGCUUCCUCAGCUGCCAUUGCAAAUGGGCAAAGGGAUGCCACUGACUGAGGGCAAAGGACAAACUUUUCCCAGAGGGGCUAAAGGUCCUCCUCCCCCUGGCCCUGGUGUAGAGGGUCUCCGAGAGGGUCCACAAGGAGUUCAGGGCCCCCAGGGACCAACCGGACCACCAGGACCACAAGGUCCCGCUGGGCUGCCAGGCCAGGGAUUGCCAGGCUUACCAGGAAAGCCAGGGCCUCCCGGUCCUCAAGGUUACCCAGGAAUAGGAAAACCUGGCAUGCCAGGAUUGCCAGGUAAACCUGGAGGACCUGGAUUACCAGGACCAAAGGGUGACCUCGGACCUAGUGGUCUUGAAGGACCAACUGGACUUUCUGGGCCUCAAGGACUCCCAGGCCCACCUGGACUCCCUGGUAUUUCAAAACCAGGAGGUCAUGGGCUGCCAGGACAGCGGGGUCCUUUUGGAGAGCCUGGCUCAAAAGGUCCACCUGGGUUUCCUGGUCCUCCAGGUCCCAAGGGAGAUAAAGGAUUUGGUCAACCGGGUUUGCCAGGUUUGAAAGGACCUAGCGGACCACCAGGUCCACCUGGACAAGCAGGGAUACCUGGCGUUGGCAAAACUGGCUUAAAUGGUUUUCCAGGACAACCUGGGAUACCAGGAAAACCUGGUCCUCAUGGAGAGCCAGGACCGGCAGGGCUACCUGGUGAUAGAGGUCAACCAGGACCAUCAGGCUUACAAGGAAUUGGAAAACCAGGAAAAGAUGGUCUUAGAGGGCAACCAGGGCUUCCUGGAGGGAAAGGGGAACCAGGCCCUUCUGGUUUACCAGGAGGUCCAGGCUUGCCAGGUUAUGGUAAACCAGGUUUUCCCGGACCUAAGGGUCAUAAGGGACAUGCUGGUAUUUCUGGACCUCCAGGCCCAAAAGGUGAUAAAGGUCAUGGAGGUCUUCCAGGGGUAAUCGGACCUACUGGUCCAAGUGGUAUGCCUGGCCCACCAGGUCCAAUAGGGCCUCCUGGUAGUCUUGGCUUCCCGGGGCAAAAGGGAGAAGAUGGUGCUGGGGGCCUAAAAGGAAAUCCAGGAUUGAAGGGUGACUUUGGGCCUCCAGGCCUUCCAGGACAGCCAGGUUUGUCAGGAGAGAGGGGACAACCAGGGACAAGAGGUUUCCAAGGGCCCAUUGGCCCAAAAGGAGAAGGCGGUAAUAGGGGUUUACCUGGUGCCCCUGGUGGUGUUGGAUUACCUGGACCAAGAGGAGAGGGAGGACAACCUGGAGAUAAAGGCCACCAGGGACCACAGGGGAUUCCAGGACUCACAGGACCAGGGGGACCACUUGGACCUCCUGGGCUUCCAGGGCACAAAGGGGAGACAGGUCCACCUGGUAAAUCUGGCUAUCCUGGUGAGGGAAAGCCAGGACCCCCCGGUCAUAUUGGUCUUCAAGGUAAUCCUGGCCCCAGUGGCCCCGCUGGACUUCCAGGACAACCAGGACAACCUGGACCCCCUGGUCCUCCAGGAUUUCCUGCUGCAUCUCCUGACCUCGGACAGAUCCUCCCCGUGACAGGCCCAUACACCGGCCAAAAACAAGGUUACAAGAAGCCAAAGAAUGGAGGGGACAUUAGCGGAAGCGCAGUUGAGAUGCCUGCAUUCACCGCUAAGCUCACAAACCCAUUCCCUCCCGUUGGCUCUCCCAUCAUCUUCGAUAAACUCCUGCACAACGGCAAUCAGGACUACAAUCCCCAAACUGGUAUCUUUACCUGUAGUGUACCAGGGGUCUACUACUUUGCUUACCACGUUCACUGCAAAGGAGGUAAUGUAUGGGUGGCACUGAUGAAGAACAAUGAGCCAGUAAUGUACACUUAUGAUGAGUACAAAAAGGGCUUGCUGGAUCAGGCAUCAGGGAGCGCCGUGCUUCCAUUACGACAAGGUGACACUGUGCACAUACAGCUGCCAUCUGACCAGGCAGCGGGACUUUAUGCUAGUCAAUAUGUCCACUCCACCUUUUCUGGAUACUUAUUGUACCCAAUGUAAGACAUGUCUAAACAAAGGCGAUAAUCAGUCCCUCCAUGAUUUCGCUGAGUUUUUUCUGAUUAUUGCAGCCAAAAAUGCUUGAUUUUUGCAGUGGCUUUUCUCAAAAAUUUGCAAUACAAUUUACAAUGUUUUAUGUGCCGUUGUUGCAGUAAAAUUGCAGGAAUUAGGAUUGCAAGCCAAGGAAAAUAAUGCAAAUUUCCAAAAACUACAUAUUGGCUACCAGUGAAGAGUCAUAUGUAAUCACUUUCUGCUUGCUGCGAUUAUGCAACAUUACCAUGACACAAAAUGUGAAAUUUAGUCCAAAGAAGUCCAUUUCAGGCAAAAAAAAUUAAUUCAUUUUGUGAUCGCAAAAUCAUAUCCUGGAGGGACUGGAUAAUAAUGGUGUAGUCCAUAAUAAUGUUACAACUGCUCCAGUCUCAAAGUUAAAUGGUUUACAAUGAGUGUUUUUUAAAUAGCAUUUUUUUGUAGUAGGAACAUACUUCUUUCAAUUACUCUUUGCAUUAUAUGCAUCACAUCUGUAUUUACAUACAUCAGUGGAGUCUCAAAAAGAUCAGUUCUAAAAAACUGGGCAAAGUAUAAAUGUGAGAAACCACCAUGUAAAUAAAUCCAUCUGGUUAUUGGUUAUAAAAUAUCGGAAGCAACAAAGAUUGUGGAGAGCAGAAGUCAAACUCUCCACUCUUCUUUGGAGAGCAGAAGUCAAAAAAUACUCCUCAGUUUUCAUAAAUCUUAUAUGUUUACAUUUAUUCUUAUAUCCAUCCACAUGUGUCCAUGAACCGGCUGGAAUAAUUACUGGAACAAUGAGGCUUUAUGGUGCAGAAUUGUAGUCACUGUUUUAUUCACAGAAAAAUACAGGAUAGCGUUUUUUGCUUUACAGGUAUAUACUGGGCACAUAAGCAGAUGUUGGUUUCAUUGUACAAUGCAUUUACUCACAGCUAUCAUAACAUAGUUGUGCUAUGUAUUUGUGAUCAUCAUACAGUUAAGUUAUUGUUAGUCUUUUUACAUUAUUUGCUAUUUUUCAAUACUUAAUACACAUUUUGACAUAUUCAUCUGAUGGUAAAAUUGGACGAGUGUUUUAUGCAACUCAUACCAUAUGAGAACAGAAAUAAAGUUACCGUUUUCGCCCACGAUUUAACAGUUUAGCAAUCUUUUGAUUUUCUUUUUUCUUUUUGACCAUUUGAUGUCAGAUUUUUCUUGUUUUGUUUGUAAUAAAUAUGAAUUCUUUGAAAGAUAUUUGUCAGUUUGUCAGUAUUCUGUAAUUUAUUUGUUUGACUACUGAUUACUUGGGAUUGUUCUGUUUAUUGAACAGUAAAUGAGGGAGCACGCUCUGUGGCCAAAAAAAAAAGAAAAAAAGAGAAAAAUAUUCAAAAGUACUUGUGCUCAUGCCCAUUAAUACUCAUAUAUGUCAAUAUUUUACAGUUUUUAUUUUUAGUUAAGUUCUUUAAACUGUGGAUAUGCCAUUUUGGAAUGAAAAGUUUUUUCCUCCUUGUUUCUUUUCUUUUUUUAAAAAUUUGGAUUGGACAAUGGCGCACAGCUUAAGCAUAAGACAAACUGUG